AUGCUGAGAGCUGGACUCACGAGAAUCCUAUGUAAAUCUGACUCAGCAGUGCUGGUGAAAAUGCUCAAUGAAGACACUUCUUUGGCUGGUCUCUAUGGGAUCUUAGCUGAUAUUUCUUUCAAUUGGAUCUCUCGAAUGAAAAAUGUAGAAACUGAUAAGCUAAUAAAGCAGAUUCUAUCUGUUGAACUGAUCUUAGAGCAAGAUUAUUGGAGUGACUUAGAGAGAGGAGCUUAA